CUGAGCUGAGCCGAGCAUCACAGCCCGCAUUCAAGGAAACGGGCGAACACAGCACUUUUUUCUUUUUUUUUUUUGACUUUCCGUAAUGUUCUAGCCUCCGUACGGUGCACGUCUUUCGGAAGAAGGAAACAGAUGUACUGGAUGUGUAACGCUAUGGAGGCCGUUUGUCUUUGAGAGGCUGGGAAUCUCUGGCCAGUCAAGGGAGACCCCUUCAAUUGUUUCCUGCGCCAAGAACUGUAAAGACAUGGUCAUCGCACCGCAGCUGUGAUGAACAGCAAGAAGUGAGCGUGAGAACGUGUCAGAGGAUGCUCCUGAUCUGUGGUGCCCAGUGCUGAGGGAGGUCCACAGAGCCAACUGGUUGGUGCCCACCAUGUCUUACCACCAACACUAUCAGCGAGGCCCCCAUGGCCGCACCAUCAGCUCUGAGGAGAGGAGCGCCACGCCAGUCAACAAGACUUCCACACCGGUUCACAAGAGCGCAUCCUCCUCUUCCUCUUCCCAGCGCGACAGCCGGCAGGAGGCAGACAGCUGGGAAAUCAUUGAAGGGCUGAAAAUCGGUCAGAGCAACGUCCAGAGACCUGAUAAACACGAGGGUUUUAUGUUGAAGAAGCGGAAAUGGCCCCUGAAAGGCUGGCACAAGCGUUUUUUUGUUCUGGACAAUGGUAUCCUGAAGUACUCUAAGUCCCCCAUUGAUAUCCAGAAAGGCAAACUCCAUGGCAGCAUCGACGUCGGCCUCUCAGUCAUGUCCAUCAAAAAGAGGGCCCGACGCAUCGACCUGGACACCGAGGAGCAUAUCUAUCACCUGAAGGUCAAAUCUCAAGAAAUCUUUGAUGCCUGGGUGUCCAAGUUGCGUCACCACCGACUUUACAGACAGAAUGAGAUUGUGCGGUCUCCCCGUGAUGCCACCAUGCGAACCUUUCCUCCCCCGGCUGCCAUGGAGUCCCCCAAACCUGCUGCAAGCGUGGUCCAUGAAUCAAAGGCCAAGCCAAGCAGCUUGCCGUGGCAGCCGGUGGCCCCCAGCAACAGCAGCAGCAGCAGCCUGCCUGCGUCCUACAGUAACGGCCAGAGCAAGGUGGUUGCUUGGCUGCAGGAAUCAGAGGAGAUGGACAAGUGUGCAGAGGAGCUCGCACGAUGCCAGUCCAACCUGACUGAGCUGACACGGUUAUUGCAGAGUCUGGAGAUUCUACAAAGGACACAGUCAGCACCCAACUUCACAGAUAUGCAGACCAAUUGUGUAGAAUUGUCAAAGAAAGACAAGCGCUUGAACAGAAGAUGGAGAACAAAAAGUGUCGGCAAAGAUGCAAAAUUCCAGCUUCAGGUCCCCCUGUCUGCCAGCAUGGCCCCUGUCCGCCUCCACUCAUCCAAUCCCAACCUGUGUGCCGAGCUGGUGGACUUUCAGCCCCCUGUCUCCCGGCUGACAGACAGCGUGGAGUGUGCCAGCGACUACAUUAAACUCCAGGAGGAAUUCUGCACCAUCGCCCAGAAAGUCCACUCCCUGCUGAAGUCGGCCUUCAACACUGUGGCCAUAGAGAAAGAAAAGAUCAAACAGAUUCUCUGUGACCAGGAACAGUCAGACCAGUCAGCCCAGAUCAACUCUCUCAGGAAGUCUCUGUCACAGGCCCUGUCCCAAAAUGCAGAGCUUCGAACUCGACUCAACCGCAUCCACUCUGAAUCUGUCCUGACUGAACAAGUUGUCAGUGUGAACAUCAUCUCCACGCCUGAUGAGGCCGGGGAACAGAUGGGGAUCCCUCUGACUCAGCAGGCCUCUAAUGAGAGCCGACUCUCCAUGUCGGAGUCUGUCUCCGAGUUCUUUGAUGCCCAGGAAGUGCUGCUGUCAGCCAGCUCGUCGGAGAAUGAGGGCUCAGACGAUGAGUCAUAUGUCAGUGAUGUGAGCGAUAACAUUUCCGAGGACAACGCCAGUGUGACUGAUAACGUCUCCAGACAGAUGGCCAACGGAGACUUUGCUGGCAGUGCCUUCCGUAACGGGCGACGCACCUGCCUGCCGGCGCCGUGUCCUGACACCAGCAACAUCAACCUCUGGAACAUCUUGAGAAACAACAUCGGCAAGGACCUGUCUAAAGUGUCCAUGCCCGUGGAGCUCAACGAGCCCCUCAACACCCUGCAGCGGAUGUGCGAGGAGCUGGAGUACAGCGAGCUGCUGGACAAGGCUGCCGAGACCGAGGAUCCCUUCGAACGCAUGGUUCUCGUUGCUGCCUUUGCUGUCUCAGGCUACUCAUCCACUUACUACAGAGCAGGAAGUAAGCCAUUCAACCCGCUACUUGGAGAGACUUAUGAAUGUAUUCGGGAAGACAAGGGAUUCUGUUUUUUUUCGGAACAGGUGAGCCACCACCCUCCCAUCUCUGCCUGCCUCUGUGAGUCUAAGAACUUCACCUUCUGGCAAGAUGUGAGAUGGAAAAACAAAUUCUGGGGAAAAUCAAUGGAGAUUUUGCCUGUAGGGACCGUGAAUCUCUUGAUUCCCAGGUUUGGGGACCAAUAUGAAUGGAACAAAGUCACCACCUGUGUACACAACAUCCUCAGCGGACGACGGUGGAUCGAACACUACGGGGAGAUCACCAUCAGAAACACAAAGAGCAGCGCCUGCCUCUGCAAACUUACCUUCGUCAAGGGAAACUACUGGAGCUCUAAUGUGAAUGAGGUUCAAGGAUUUGUGAUGGAUCAAGAAGGGAAAGUGAUCCACAGGCUUUUUGGAAAAUGGCAUGAGGGCCUUUACUGCGGUGUCCCACCUUCUGCCAAAUGCAUCUGGAGGCCAGGCUCCAUGCCCACAGACUAUGAGCUGUACUAUGGCUUCACCAGGUUCGCCAUUGAACUGAAUGAGCUCUGCCCCGAGUUGAAAGACGUCUUGCCGCGAACAGAUGCCAGAUUCAGGCCCGAUCAAAGGCAUCUCGAAGAAGGGAACUUGGAGAUGGCAUCCUCAGAGAAGCAGCGUAUUGAGGACAUGCAGAGAGCCAGGAGGAAGUGGAACGAGGAGAACAACAUCAGACAGGAGCCACGCUUCUUCAAGAAAGUGGUUGAUGCCAAUCACAGGGAGAGGUGGGUCUCCAACAACAUGUACUGGGAGCUCCGCAAAAACCCCGGCUUCAUCAAUAUGGAAUCUACAGCGAACCUCUGGUAGCAAAUGGAUUGUUCUGUCCAUCAUGUCGUCAUCGCAGACUAGAAGGCUGUUACCUAUGCACAAUAAGGCGCUGAGAAAAGCACGUUAUUGAUCAAACAUCCGUGUGCAUGGAUAGGAGCAGCUGCCGAGCUGAAGGAUGGCCCUAUGCCCAGUGACCCUGUCGAGGUUCUGUGGCGCUGCCACGCGGUCAUCCAUCCAUGGAAACAUCCUGUAGGAUCACCUUCAUAGUGCUUCUCCAAGCUGGGUUGUCAGGGCAACAAUUGUAACACUCCUAUGUAGAUCUGUCCAAAUCUCCUUUGACUUCUGAGUAUAUUUCCUUGCCUUAAAACGACGUCACAUGAUUUAGCGCUUUUUAGUUGAAGCCAUUUGAUUUCUGACAGCCGUUUUGGUUAGACUAGUCUAUGAAGUAGACAUUUUAAUUACCUACGAUACCGUGCAUGUUUAGAGAGCAGCUUUCACUGGCAUAAUGCCAUAUUUACUACAUCAUCAUUUAUUGUAGAAAAAAAGAGGUAUUUUUAUAAAAUAUCUUGGACUCAGAAUUUAGUGAAAAAGUACUAUGUGAAUUGGCAGAUUUUAUUUAUUCUUGCCUUUUAAUACUGUUGAAUCUUUGCAUAGCAGUAUUGUCUCUCGGGAAACAACUCAUUUACUUCAUACCCUACCCCAGACCUGGCCUAGCGUCCCCUUCGAUCAUGAGUCCACGCCCUGCACACUGUCUAAUUAUAAACAUCGUUACGUGAAACCAACUCCUUUGAAUCACAUGGUUACAUAAAUACAUACACAGCUCCCUCCAUGUACAGUGGGCAAACACACUCAGUCUGUCCUGAAUGUGGUGCAGAUAAAUGGGUUUCGUUGAAAUAACAGACACUCAAACAUUAGGCACUUAGAUGCUCGAUCAUCUAAGUGUCGAGAGUCUAAGAAAAGAUGGUGUAGUAGGUCAUACAGAUUGUAAAACCCUCUGAGACAAGUUUGUGAUUCUGUGCUUUAUAAAUAUUUGACUGAGUAAAAUACUGACAUAUUUCCAUUAUGAGACCAAACACUCAUUUACUGUACAUCCAGCCACGAAGGGAUAUAGCGCUUUUUAAUUACAAUUCUUUAAUUAAUAAAUCGAUAAUUUUCGGUCAGAAGUAAUGACAAAUUCCCAUCACAGUUUGCCAAAGCGAUGUCUCGAACGCACACUCUUGCUCUGACUAACAACCAGAAAUGUUCAUUUAUAAUGUUACGAAACAAAGAAAAGUAGUAACUCUGGGCAUUUGUGAAACUAUUACCAGCAAAUGUUUGGUUUUUCUUGAUAAAUUACCUACAUUAUUAAACAGUUAAUGAAAACGAGAGUACAUUUUCCUCUAAUGAAUUAACCAAUCAGUUAAUUAUGUCAGCAAUCCCAGAGCCAUUCAGUUACCUGCAUACAGUUAUGAAACACUAGAGACACCUACAGGACAUCCUGUGAAAAUGCAGUUUCAGGAUACUGGAGGACAAUGUACAAGUGUUAAAGCUUACAUUUCAAUGUGUCCGAUUCCCCAGAGACUUUACUGCUAUAAUGUGGAGUUCCCUAAAGCACCAGUUACUUAUUUGAAGUUUCUAUAUUUAUUGCAAACCAGAUUAGCUUUUAAGUUUUAACUAGUGCCCCCCCCCCCCUUUUGUGUUACAGAGUAAGAAAAUAUAACACAGGGUCUUUUAUUGAAACUCAACCUCAACACAUGCGAGCAGUCACACAUUGUCCAUGUGUAUGAGAGUGCAUUUUAAGUCGAUCCCCCUCAUUCAGGACUGCAAGGUGAGGACCCUGAAGGAGAGAGAGUGAAUAUAAAUAUGUAGAAUGAAAACUAUGUGAAGCAAAUCCAUCCUGUGUGCACUGUUCACAUGGUGCGGUAGAUUACAAACCAAAAAGGUAGUACUGCUUUGCAUCUAUAUACUUUUUUUUUUUAAAUGUAUCUUAUGUGCUUUUAAUUUUAUCCCCGAUCACAAACUCAAUGCUACAUCUCGUCGCGUCAGUUUCACUUGCUGUGCCUUAAUGCAUUUAUUAAUGCCUCACAAACACAUUACUGAUGAGAAUCCCCAUGCCAAGAUGAAGGUAUGCCAUUAACAAGUCAAACUCCACACAUUCUCCAGUCUCCACCUGUCUACAGAUGAUAAAUUCUAUUGAGGAGUUAGCUGUGGACAAAAUGGUUUUGAAGGAGAUGUCUUUGAUGUUAUAAGUGGGGGAAAAAAAAAAAAAAAGGUAUAUCUGACUGUAAAACGCUUGCAGUGUUAAAAGAUGUUCUGCACUGCUCUGCUGCUCCAACAUGUAACCCGUACAUUUUUGGUGAUCACUGUAAAUACAGCACAUUUAGAAGAUGGGUAACUACGGCAAGAGCUAAUUCCUUUUUCCUUCUACAUCAGUGAUUGUUUUUUUUGUUUUUGUUUUUUUAACAAGACUGAAUCCCAGCAGUUUUGAGUGGAGGUAGGGGCAAUGCUUUGCGUAGCGUUUGGUAUCAUAGAGUCAGACUGUAGUGGGAAACAGAAAAAAAAAAAAAUCUAAACUUUCUCAUGCUUUCCUCAUCCAUUGUUCUACCUGCAUGUCUAGACAACUUAGCCUGCCAAUGAAUGUUGCAGAUGCCUUAUUAAAAAAAAAAAAAAAAAAAUUUGUUUU